AUGUGGCCCGAGGAGACUUCAUAUGUGGAAGCGAAGAGUCUUGAGGAUCGGGAAAAUGACAUGAUGACCAACGAUAGGUACUUUGGUGACUUGGUCGCCGAGGGCGCAACUGUGUUUCGCCAUGGUCAAACAGAUUGCAGGAACCCGUCUAAGAGGCUAGCCUCUGCCCAGGACGUCACCAACCAUCUUGUGGCCCGGCUGGAGAGACGCGCGCCUGAGGUUCUCCGGCUGCAAGGGGAAAUGGUCGACGAGAAGAAAUCGUUGGGCGAGACAGCCGCGGGCAACGCGGUCGCCGAGGAUCUCGAAAAGGUAUGGAUAGCGUGCAAAAAAGAACUGAUAGAACUCGAGGCGAGCAUCAAGAGCCGACUAGCUGGGGUCAACGCGGCAUAUGCUUCCCAGCUACAGGAGCAGAGAUCGGACAUUGAAAAGAGAUUCAAGGUGGUGGACCACAGCAGGCGAGCGCUCAAGAAGUCGAUGCGAGACUUGCACAAGCAGGAGGAGAAGGCUGUGAGACAGCGGGUUGAAAAUGCGGAUAGGAGUCUCCGCGCCCAGAUUACUGAGAAGGAGAAGAAGAUAAAGAACAUAGAGAAGUCUCUACUCGAGCAGAGAGAGGAGACGUGUAAGGACGGCGCUCAAGGGCCCCAAGAGACCAGCCGAAGACGGGAAAAGCAGAAGCAACCAGAGCGGCAACACCAAUAUCAAACAGGGGCACGAGUUCAACAACUAUCCAACUCACACCGGUCGGUACGAAGCAAGACUGGAGAAGGGGAAGACAGGGAUAGACUGAUCAGCGACAUGAAGGAGAUCGAAGAAUUGAAAAGGGGGCUUCUGAAGAGCCAGGACGCGUACGAGAGGUUCCACGGCCAGACAGGCAAUCUCUGGAACGGGACAAUGAAUGGAGUUGCCGCGGGGGUAGCGUCAGGUGUUAUCGGUAUCGUAUCAGCAGCUACUUGUACUGUGAUGUAG